GCCCCAACCAAUUUGUUUCUGUCGUUCUGGUAGCUCCUGGUAGCUCCCUCUAACCUGCGACUUCUCCCUUCUGAAUUGCAAGGGAACUUCUGCUGGUCAGAAUCUUGUCCCUGCAAGCAACUCUUUAUUGUUACACAAUCUCUCAUAUACUAUGAUGUGCUUGCACACCAUCUUGUCGCAGUCUUUCAUCGGAGCGAUUGUCCUGCUUGUGGUUGUUCACGCCAUGCCGACAGACCCCUCGAAACUGAAAGCAGCUGCACCUGUGCCAUUAGGAGUUAUCAACCCUCCAAAGAAGGAUCUAUGGUGGCCACUGUUAGAUCAAACGCAUGCCCCUUGGUUGAAGAAGAUUGACCUUGACCCAAAAAAUCCGGAAAAGCGCUGGGAGUGUGGAGAAUCAUAUGACAAGAAUAGCGAAGUUUUUGCAACUGACUUCACGCGGAAGAUGCGCAAAGCAAAGUCGCUGGUCCCAGGGAACUCUGGAAAAAACAACUUGGGUAUCUUCACUCUACCGCAUGAAGUCAGCGAGUUCGAGUCGAUUUCGGGAGAUGAAACAGUCUUGAAACUGGUAGAUUACGAUUGGGAAGGUUCUUCAUGUGAAGUCUUUGCCCUUCGGAAAUUCGCAGAAUUUCAGAAAGCCAAAGGACAAACACCUACGUUUGUCACCAGUGGCUUUGUGAAGUUCAAAAGACCCCCCUAGAAAGAGUGGUUUCGUUGUCAUGCGCAAAGUCCCUGGAAUGCCGCUGAAGGGUACAAAACAGUGGCAGGAGGAGGGGGGUCAGAGGCAGGAAAUG